CUUUCCGCCAACCAGGCUCAAUGCUCUGCCGACAACGCUGCCUGCAAGGGUGCUUGCGAGGAGUCUUACAACACAUGCAGAACCACCCGUGGACCCGACGGCCUCUCAGCCAACAUGGCCCAGUGUGCUUCUGAGUACGCCGGCUGCCUCGGCGAGAACCCUUUCGACAAGCGCUCAGCCCCUGCCUCUGCCUUU